ACAAUUGUAUCAUCAUUGCACCACAGAGAAGCUUCAUUUGUACCACAUUUUGGCACAUCCACGGACGUUCAUCUCCAUGGCAUCAAUAAAGGCGCAGCCUCUUUCGGUCCUCGUCCUUGUCCUCGCUCUCGCCUUUCCCUUCUUCGUGCAAGGCACUUUUGGAACCAUCGAGUGCGAGAAUCUCAACAAAGACUCGUGCGCGUUCGCGGUGUCAUCCACGGGGAAGCGGUGCGUGCUAGAGAAGCACGUACGCAGGAGCGGGGCGGAAGAGUACGCGUGCGCCACCUCGCAGAUCGAGGCGGAUAAAAUGAAGAAUUGGAUCGAGACCGACGCAUGCAUUGAUGCUUGCGGGCUGGACAGGAGCGCGCUCGGUAUAUCUUCGGAUUCUCUGCUGGAAUCGCGCUUCGUCCGAAAGCUUUGCUCCCAACAGUGCUACCGCGGCUGCCCCAACGUCGUUGAUCUUUACUUCAAUCUUGCUGCCGGAGAAGGCGCGUAUCUUCCGAAACUAUGUGAAGCACAAGGAGCAAAGGCACGGCGGGAGAUGGCGGAGAUUAAGAGCUCGGGAUACAUCGCUCCUGCACCGGAACUGCCGGAGUAUGCCACCGGUGUUAAUUUCGUUUACGCCCCUGCACCAUCUCCUUUCUAGAUUUCUUACACUGACAUCCACAUAGAAAAGUAGAAGUAUCAAAGAAUAGUUGAAAUAAGGAUGUUUUGUCCAAUUUCAUCACAAUACAUAUGUGUGUUCCAUGUUUUGCUCAACUGAUUUUGCUUCUGAAACUAUGAGUUUAUUACAUGGAGAAAUGUGGUAGUUGGAAAACAGGCGUAGUCCUCAUCCGAGGGAUUGUGGAGUGUCAUGUUUGUUUCUGUACUGAAAUUGAAUUUGUGUUGAUAUAUGAAAUAAAAAAUUGCACCCUCAUUUGUUGAAA